AUGAGCUCUCUUGCCAGUGGCCCAGCCGGGUUCCUUCUGAGCGGCUUCGACCGUCACUAUGCGUCCAUUGCGGGCGCUGCUUUCUUCGUCUGCGCGCUUGUCGCAGUUGUCCUCGUCGUGGCGUCGCAGAAGCGCAACAAGGUCGAUAACAAUAGCGGGAUUUCCGUCUACCUCAGGUUCAUCUAUGCCAGCUUCCUGAAACCCCAUGAUAAAGGAUGUCAAUUGACUGCUCCCCAGGCUACUGUUUACGACGCUACCCGGAAGCGCCUUCUACGUGGUCGGGAGGAUAUGCUUGGUCUUGUUGCCGCUCAGCUCAAGUACAAGGUCGAGAACAAGGAGCUUCGGAAAGGCAAGGCGAUCUGGGUCGAUAUUGGUGGCGGUACCGGCUCUAGAUACAAUAUCGAGGCUAUGGCCGAGUUCGUGCCCGUUCCCGAAUUCUUCUCUCAUGUCUACCUUGUCGAUCUUUCUCCUUCUCUGCUUGAGGUAGCUCGCCAGCGGUUCGAACGACUAGGAUGGAAGAAUGUCACUGUCGUUUGCCAGGACGCACGCGCCUUCCAAUUGCCAGAGGACCAUAUUGAUCCUCUAAAGAGCGUAGGAGCCGGUGCUGAUCUGGUCACAAUGAGUUAUAGCCUGUCAAUGAUUCCAGUCCAAAGCAUUGUCGAUGUCUCCUCCAGGAACUAUAUUGGCGGUGUCUUUAACCGACAUGUUAACUGGCUGGGUCGUGCGUUCUGGCGCGCUUGGUUUGAGGCAGACCGUGUGAACCUCGAUGCCGCUCGCCGAGACUAUUUGGAAUAUCGGUUUGGAACUGUCAUUUCUGCUAGUGAGCGUAACUACUUACUCGGAGGCAUCCCUUACUACAUCUUCAUUGGCCGCCAGAAAGACAUCUACCCGAAUCAGGCCAGCCGUGAGGCCAUAGAAAAGUUGGACGCUUCUUUCACAGAAUCGCCUUAUCUCUCUCCAGCAAACCAUCGCGAGGAGAUGAAUAACGCAAUCAUCCAGAGCACACAAGAGAUUCACUCUAAAGCGUAUGAGUCGGCCGUCGUCAACCUGAGCGCCAACCUUCCCCUGCCUGCUGCCUUCUAUCAAAACCACCAUUACCGCAUCUUCUAUAAUGAUCUCCUCCCGAAACACACUCAAUUCAAGAAUGAGUACAUCUAUGCCUUCAACUGGGAGGACCCUCGGGUUGACCACAGACUACUCAACAUAAAGCGCGACGACGUUAUACUGGCUAUCACAAGUGCUGGUGACAACAUCCUAGACUAUCUGCAGAAGAGCCCGCGCCGCGUGCACGCCGUUGACUUGAACCCCAACCAGAACCACCUCAUCGAGCUCAAGGUUGCAAGCUUCAUCGCCCUCGGUCACCGUGAUGUUUGGAAAAUCUUCGGCGAAGGAAAGCAUCCCGAGUUCCGGAACCUUUUGAUUUCCCGUCUGAGCCCUCACCUAUCAAGUCAGGCUUUCCAGUAUUGGCUUGAACACAGUCAUGUCUUCACCUCAUCUUCUGGCCGAGGACUCUAUGAGACCGGCGGUUCUCGCCACGCCAUCAAGAUGAUCCGCUACAUCUUCAAAGUCUUCGGUCUGGAGGGCCAGGUGAAAAAGCUCUGCGAGGCCCAGACCCUAGCUGAACAGCGUCAGAUCUGGCCGCGGAUCAGGGCCGUUCUGUUGAGCAAGCCCCUUCACUGGGCGGUGGUGAGCACUGAAUGGUUUGCCUGGAAAGCCGCGGGCGUUCCUCGGAAUCAGCGAAACAUGAUUGUGGAGGAUUAUUUCAAGCGCAAUGGUCUCACAAAAGAUAUGAAGAACGCCAAAGACAUCAGCGGCAAGUCGAUCUGGGAAUACGUCGUGGAUACAUUAGACCCUGUUGUCCAUGAAACCAUGAUCAGCAACGACAACUACUUCUACUACCUUUGCCUGAAAGGUCAAUUCUCCAAAAGAUGCGCUCCCGCCUACCUCUCACCCCAAGCCCACGUCAAACUAUCAUCGCCGGGCGCCUUCGACGGCCUGCGCAUCCAUACGGACGAGAUCAACGAAGUUAUUGGGCGUAUCACGCCUCGAAGUCUCACUAUCGCCGUGAUUAUGGACUCAAUGGACUGGUUCGACCCAGAGGGCACCGAAGCCACCGCGCAAGCCCAGAAAUUUAACCAAGCCCUCAAGAUGGAUGGCCGCAUCCUCCUCCGCUCCGCUAGUAUCGAGCCCUGGUACAUCAAGAACUUCGAAGAGAACGGCUUCUCGGCGAGGCGUGUUGGCGCUCGCUUCUCGGGUACUUGCAUUGACCGUGUGAACAUGUACGCCUCAACCUGGAUCUGCACAAAGACCAGGGAACUCCAACGCCCAACGCAAGAUAGGCGGUCGAAUAGCGUCGAGUAUCUUGAGAUCUAG